AAAUGCAAUAUUUUUAUUCAUUGUAAAUUGCUUUGAGAUAUCUUCUACAACACCGUAUUAUUUCUUUCUAUAACCGUACUGAUGGGUUUCCACAUUGCUUUUGUUUCAACGAUUAUCUUAUUUGGAAUAUGGACAGAUCGUGCAAAUGGUGCAUGUUUGACAGAUGAUCAGAUUGCAGCAUGUGAUGAAGUAUUUAACCCAGUGAAUAUGGAAGAGCCCUGCUGUAUCCCAUUGCAAGGGUAUAUAGAUGUACAUAAUCAGUGCAUGGAGGAAAUGGGUGCUGAUGAAUUUACUUGCUACGUAUCAAGAUGUGUGACAGCGAAGUAUCGUUUUAGAACAAGAAACGUUAUAGAGCCAGAGUUAGUUAGAAAAAAGUUUCGGAUGUUUAACUAUUUCGAUCCGGAUACCAAGCCAUUGACUGAUGAAAUAGAAGACAACUGUUUGGACGAUCAUUACUUUAAGUACGAGACUAAUGAAACCUCCUGUGAUUAUAACAAGUUCGAACUUUGUGCCAACGUUAACGCUUUGAUGGGCUGUCAAGAUUUCCACAAUUCGCGUCAUUGUGACGAGUUGGUUGCAAAUGUGGUUAUUUGCAAGCCAGUCCUUCGAGACUACUUGCACUACCUCACUGGAGGCUCUUGCUAAGCAAAGCAACAGAAUUAACUUCACCAGACA